AUGGUCGCCAGCACCGAUGUCGCAAGUCCGAAAAAGAAGCGAUUGAUUCUGAAUGCCUUCGUGGAGAAUUGCUCAGGGCAUCAGAGUCCGGGACUUUGGCAACAUCCUGAUGAUAGGUCAGCGCACUUUAAUCGCAUCGAGCACUGGGUUGAGCUCGCGAAGCUCUUAGAAGCUGCGAAGUUCCAUGGCAUAUUCAUUGCUGACGUUCUUGGAGGGGUAAGUUCUUCGUAUGAUGUGUACCAAGGGUCGUUGGAGGCAGCAAUCAAGUCAAGCGCACAAUGGCCAGUGAACGAGCCUUUGGCAAUCGUUCCUGCCAUGUCAGCGGCGACGAAAAGUAUUGGCUUUGGGGUGACAUGUGCCACGACAUACGAACAACCAUAUCAUCUUGCGAGGAGACUUUCAACUGUGGAUCAUCUCACGCAUGGCAGAAUCGGAUGGAAUAUUGUGACUGGCUACCUUGAUUCUGCCGCAAGAAACCUCGUGAACGGUGCUGAUCAACCAUCGCAUGAUGAGAGGUAUGAAAUUGCUGAGGAGUACCUUAAAGUGAUGUACAAACUUUGGCAAUCAAGCUGGCGUGACGAGGCUGUACAGCUCAAUAGAGCAACUGGUGUCUUUACAGACCCGGCACUGGUUCGAAAAAUCAAUCACAAAGGCAGGUACUAUACGGUUCCGGGUCCUCACAUUUGCCAGCCUUCGCCGCAGAGAACCCCAGUCCUCCUUCAAGCCGGCACCUCAAAAGCUGGCAAGGCCUUUGCAAGUCAGCAUGCUGAAGCGAUAUUUGUUGCUGGUCACAGCCCAGCUGUGGUUGCGAAAAAUAUUGCCGACAUCCGCGAGCAAGCGAAAAAUGAGUACAGUCGAGAUCCUCAAAGUAUCAAGUUCCUUGCAUUGAUAUGUCCCAUCAUAGGACGCACAGAAGCUGAAGCGCAAGCAAAAUUUGAAGACUAUCAACAAUAUGGUGACCUCGACGGGGCACUCGCUCUCUUUGGUGGAUGGACUGGGAUCGACCUCGCCCAAUACGCGGAUGACCAAGAACUCCGGCACGUUGAAAGCAAUGCGAUCCGCUCAGCUGUGGAGGGCUGGUCCAAGGCAUCUCCUGGAAUCCCAAAAUGGACAAAACUUACCGUGGGUAAGCACAUAACAAUUGGUGGACUGGGAGCUACUGUAGUAGGCACCCCAACCCAGGUUGCAGAUGAAUUUGAGCGAUGGGUCAAUGAUGCGGACGUUGAUGGUUUCAACAUUGCAUACGCUAUCAAGCCAGGCACAUUUGUUGAUGUUGCAGAACUACUCAUCCCUGAGCUCAGAAGGAGAGGUCUCUUCUGGGAAGAUUACGCGGUUCCCGGGGGAACAUACCGUGAGAAUCUCACUACCACUAAGGGAGCAUCGCACCCAGCUCAGGAUCACCCGGCAUCAAAAUAUCAGUGGCGAUCUGGUAUUAGUGCAGAAGAUGCUAUUAUUCCACAGGCUUAGUAAUAAUGCUAGCAGAUAGUAAUAUAGCCA